AUGACUCGUCGUACUGGAGCGAUGAAAAUGAAUACAACCUCCCUGAGGGGGAGACUGGGUUUAACAAAAAAGAGACCAAGCUACCGACCUACUGGAACAUAUCCUUCUUCAAGAUGUCUUGGUAUGAAGAUCGGCCAACAGAUCAACUUCAUUGUCAUUAACAAGCAUGCCAACUCUCUGUACUCACUGAUAGCUGACGGGCAAAACCGCGCCACCUCACUGGGUCGUGACACGUGGAAGACGCUGAUUGGUUCAGAGGCCUCAUUGCAACACAAAUGUAACAAGGAAGGCUUCAACGUUGUGAGUCUUUCAACUUCAUUUUCUAAAGCAAGGAUUGGUUUCCUCGGAAACGAACAGGAUCAUUGCGAAACUUGUGAUUCCAGAAUUAAGUUUGGUACAGGAGGAUAUUUUGACAACUCCAACACGUGUGGAAAGGAGGCUUCAUCCAGGUCCGAUAAUGGAAGCAAACACAUCAAAGCCAUGGGAUAUAUCUUGGUGCAGUGA